AUGGCUUCUUCUCUUGAGCAGCUAAAGGCCACUGGCUCUAUCGUAUUUUGCGGCCCUGGUGACUUUGCUACUAUCGACAAAUAUAAGCUACAGGGUGCCACAACAAACCCCUCUCUGAUCCUUGCUGCGUCCAAAAAGGCCGAAUAUGCAAGUCUUAUUGACGCCCCUUGA